GCCAAGACUGUCAAUGGAGAUACGUACGAAUUUGUUAUACCCUUUGAAGCCAAUAAAGGGUAUGACUUCUUUUACGUUGGGCUGUUGCCUGGAAAAGAUAUAUCACGUUUGAGUAGUCGUUACUCUUGCUAUUAUUAUUUAUCACUGGAGAAUGCGUUUCAUUUUGUCAGUUUAACUAUGAUUCCAGACAAGUGAAAAUGCAAGUAUUGAAUACUCUUUUGAAGUUUUCGACUCGAGUUGUGCAUCAUGGAUAGGCGAUGAGUGGAGGAGUAGCAUUUGCAAGCCAGUCGAGAUAAACAAGAAUAUGCUGACCUGUCGUUGCCAGCAUUUGUCAGUGUUUGGAGGCUCUAUAUUUGUUGCACCCAACAAAGUGGAUCCAAUAAACGACAUUGAGCUAUUUGUGACGGUCUUCAACAACCCUUACAUAGCCGUCAUUGUCAUUCUAUGUCUUAUAUUGUAUGUUAUACUUUUUAUUUGGGCAUGGCGAAAAGACAAACAAGACGAUUCUUAUGCAAAACUUAUACUGCUGAAGGACAAUAUUGUUGGUGAUAGCAACGCAUAUGUUGUGGUUGUUUACACUGGCAUUAGAAUUGCUGCUGGAACUACAUCUAAUGUCGGCAUACAGAUUUUUGGGUCGGACGCUUCCAGUAGGGUUCAUAUUCUAAAGGGUGUUGAUGAAGACAGGGAGGUUCUGCGAAGAGCGUCAGAUGACUGGUUUCUGCUUUUCACGUCAUCACCGCUUGGUAAACUCGAAAAAAUACAUAUUUGGAUCGAUUUUAGCGGCUCUAAUCCAUCUUGGUAUUGCAGUAAAAUAGUGAUAAUUGAUGUUGCCAAUGGUGAUGAGUACAUAUUCAUGGUGGGCAAAUGGUUAACAAUACUGACAAACAACGGUGAACUAGAGUUACUUUGGAACUGUGCUCCCAGUGAAAAGACAAGGAAGCGAGCAGAAUUAGCUCAGUUCAAUACAAUUUAUGGAUUCAGAGAGGGUCAUGCAUGGUCUGCUGUCUUCAAUCGACAUCCAAGGAGUCCAAUCACAAGAAAAGAACGUCUCUCAGUCACCUUAUGCUUUUUGCUCAACACCAUGCUACUCAGUCUAAUGUUUUAUGGAGCUGCCCGUGGAACGAAUAUGGACUACCCGACUUAUACUUUGAGAAUGAGAGAUAUCAUGAUUUCGGUGCAAAGCAUGGUUAUAUCAAUUCCAGUAUCUUUAUUAAUAGUUUAUUGCUUCAAGAAAAGCAGGGGAAAACUUGAUAAAGUUAGAAGAGAGAGAAGAAAAGGCGGAGGAUGUUGUGGCUUUAUAUUGUACCAUGUGACUCGUCUAUUUGAAGGAUUUCUCACUUUCAAGCCAUUACAAGCGGUUGUUGUUUCAACUGAAGUCGAAAAAGGACAAAAAUCUCGAGUUUGGUUUCUUCUUGGUUGGUCGCUGUGUGUAUUCUUCAUUCUAUUGGAUUCAUACUUGAUCAUUUUGUAUAGCCUGAAAUUUGGACGUAGAAAGAGUUUGAAUUGGUUGACAGCUGUAACAUUGGGACAAUUUCAAGGAACAUUUAUUUUUGAACCAGUGAAAGUAACUUUAUUUGCUGUUCUUCUAGCUGUUAUAUUCAGGAAACAACCUCGUGUUGGUACGUACAAAAUAAAAGAGUUGAAGCCAGAAGAAAUGGCUUCAUCGGAUGUAUCACCGACCAUCAGAAACAGUGACGAGUAUAAACCACCCAGCAAGGAUAGAGUACAGAAACUAAAACAAACAUACCUCCCCUACUGGGAACAGAAAUGGCUACUAUUCAAUUUGAUACUGACUUUGAUCAUCAUUAUGCUCUGUGGUGUUGUCAUCCACCAGAUAGGCAACACUCGGCUUUACUACAAUACGUCGCAUAUCACUGAGAUGCUGACUGCUCCAAAAGCAGGCACCAUUGCAUUCAAGAAUGUCACAAAUAGCACUGAAUUUUAUGAGUACGUUAAAAAAAAUCUUCUGCCUGCACUGUAUUUGAAAUCCUGUUACAAUGAAACGGCUGAAAUCCCUUUCACAUCUGAUUGUUUCAAUCAUUUGGUUAAAAUACCCCAGAUUCGACAGAGAAGAGUUGUGAGAGGUUUAUGUAGGGUUCCAGAAAUUUUGAAAAAUGUAACAGACCAAUGUCAAGCAUUGCUGAGUGAUGAAACAGAGGAUAAAGCAACAUACGAGUAUUCUUGGUUGAAGAGAGACAUAUAUAAUUUAAAUCAAGAUGUGCAAUCACCAUGGAAGUACGAAGAAGCAGAGAAAUAUGAAUAUCCAGAGCAGCAUAUUGGUGAAACUGAAACUACGGUUCCAGUACUUAGUGGUUACACAGCAAAGCUCGAUCAAACUUUACAGACAUCUGUGGAGAAGUUGACUUACUUGAAGAAUAAUAAUUGGAUUGACGCAUUAACUCGAGAGCUAUUUGUUGAGUUUAUUCUCUACAAUGCCAAUACCGACAUGUACUGUUUGGUACGCUUACAAGUGAUCCAUCCAGCCACUGGAGUUUACCAAACCCGCAUCCACGUGAAUUCUUUGGUCAUCGAUUUGAUCAGAACCAAUCCUGUGGUGAUGAUCUGCUUUUUUUGUGUCGCUUGUCUAGUUUUAUUGUUAGCUUGGCGAGCGUUAUCCAAUCUACUGCUUUAUGGGUUUUUCGAAUAUGCAACUCGCCCUGUUCAUAUUUGGGAAUUCUGUUCUGCAGUCACAGGUCUAUUCUAUAUAUUCUGGUUUUCCAUUAAAUAUCUGGAGUUCUUCAUGUAUUCAGAACACACGAAACAAUCUUUCCAAAAAGACUAUAUUCCGUUUUCUGUGAUUGGUGUAAAACAGCACUUGAAAUUUAUCCUGAUGUAUUUGAUGGGGCUCGUUACUAUGGUUUUUAUAUGCUCGUUUCGUUUUGGUAAGCCUUUUGAAGUGAUGAUUUCAACCAUGUGGUAUUCAACACCCAAGGUUUUCGCUAUUGCAAAGAUAUCAUUACUUUUUGUUUCGAUUGUUGAUAUAAUGUUUGUCUUGUCUCAAAAUCCACCUAUAUUUCGACUUGUUUAUCCAUUCCAUUAUCAAUCGCAUUUGUCAAGUAGUAAAACUCUGUUUACAAGUAAAUCACUUGAAUUUUCUCUUCGUUUAAUUUUCUAUUUAGCUCACACUUUGUCUUUGGUAUUUGUUCUAAUCAGCUAUAUUGAGUCGCGUUAUGAAUGUGUUGGACGUAAAUCAUACAAUCUUUUGCAUUUCAUUCAUGAGAACUAUUUGCGGAAAUGUUGGAGGAGAUCUUGAAAUGAUGGAGCAAUGCGAUUCUCCAAAAUCAAAUACGAUGCUGACCAAAUAACAUUGGAUAGCUAUAUACCUUGUUAGUAUCUUUAGAAUUGUUUCAAUGCCAUGCAUUUCUCUGUCUUUCUGUAAUUUUCAUGAAAUUAAAAUGCGCUCCACCAUCGUGACUACAGAAGGAUGUAGGCCUACUUGGAGAAUGAUAUUAUGGAAUAUUAUCUAUUUAUUUUUGAAGUGACUAAUCUUAUAAUUCUCAAUUUAUUUUUUGUGAUGCACUCACUGUUUUGCACUCCGUUUAUAAGUCAAUGGCUGAUGUAUUCUGUAAAUCACUUGUUACUGUGAUUUUUUUUGAAGAUGUUUGUUUUUUUAAAGAUGAUGGGUUUCAUGGUGACCUUCUUCUGUUGAAUCUCCAAAAAUAUUGAAAUAAAGAAAAGGUUGUUGGUUUCAAUGGUAGAUUUAUAAAGAUUUAUCUUAGCUUCGUCUUCUACGAAGUUAUUCUGCUGUUUUCGAGUAUGAAUAAAGUGUUUUUUAUCAAUAUUUAAUCUCAUCAUUUUUUAAUAAUAUCUUAGGAAACAUGAAUAGAACGUUAACUAAUGUCAAUUCGCCAAGAUAUUGAAAAAUGAACGAAUAUUAUUUGCACUCAUCCAUUAAUUUGAUGUACGGUAAUUCGGCAUUUUUUAUAUUAUAUUAUGUGAAAAAACUAUUCAUUCGGUACAACAAAAUCUUCAAAAUCUAGAUGAAAUUUAUCAGAUAGAACAACAUUGUACUAGGAAAAUAACAAUUUGAUUUGAAUUAUUUUUUCAAUUAAUUUACUUUGUUCAUUCAUAAUUUAAAUAAUGAGUAAGUCUAUUUUCCUUCUGAUGAGUGGAUUGUACAUACUAUGAUGCUUGGAAAAUGGAUGAUUACAGUACAAUAACAUGAUUUUGUAUUCAACAUUUAUGCGGAUUGGUUGAAAAUAGACUUGGAGAGAAUUGGCUAUGAUUACAGUAGCGGAUAGCAUAGGCGUGUAUUACAUAUGCAAAUAAUAAGGGGCAGACUGGGAAGUGAUAUUAAUCACACAAUGAAGAGCAACCAUCCAUCUUUCGAGAGAAAAGGAUAUCCUUUGAGGCGAAAUGAAAAGGACGUGAGCAAUUGUGAGUGAGUGAUAUGAGUGCAUUUUCCUUACCAAUUUAGGAUGUAGCCCUCACAAGGUCACUGCAACGUUCUGCCAGUAUGCUGUCUACUGUUCUUAACAACAGUUACUUUUGUCUUGUACAUUUUCACAUUGUAGCCUACACUACUCGAUUUCAUCAUAAAGCUCAAACAAUCUGAUUAGUUUUAAUUGAGAUAUUGCUGAUUAAAUUUCAUUCAUAAUGGUCUUGUAACAUUUAAUUAGAAAGUAUCUACAUACCGUAAUAUACUAAAAUUAAAUGGAAGACUAUCAUAUUAUGUACAAGUUUGUAUAAUAUUAAUAUUGUUGAUGAGUUGGAAUUCAUUGCCACUGACCUUAUUUUUAUUUUAGACAUAGCUGAUUGAAUUUCAUUCUUUAUAAUUAUCUAAUUGAAAUGAUGAACGCCUAACAACUCAUUAUUUGGAACAGAAUUCUUCCUAUCCUUGAAAUAAAGUCAUUAGCUUAAUAUUAACAAUCUUAUAUCAUUAUAAAAUGAAAAAUUGCUGUCAAAGAAUUUCAAGAACAAUUAUUAUCCAUGAAAUUCGAUUUUGCAUUGAAUAAUGCAAGAAAAUGCAUUAACUUAAUGUUGUAUAAAUUGCAUAUAGGACUAAAUUAAAUUUUAUUGUUACUGCGAAAGAAAAAUGGUUAUAUAAAAAAAUGCUUCGUAUGUACGAUUUUAAUCGUACCACAUGACUAAAAUAAUUAUUUUUUUACAGAAAAUUUUAAAAAAUUGUUCUUAACCAAUUGAUUCACAUUGCUUGAAAAUGUAUUCAAUAAAUUCAAUGUUAAAAAGCAUAGAAGAUGUUUUGUGAUAUAUUGCUUGUGUCUUAUUUACUGAAUAUUGUAUUUAAUUGCUCAAUCCAUUAAAUAAAUAAUUAUUUAAUUUAAACAUUUUAUAUAUAGACCUACGGUAAUGCAUUAAUAUCGGGCUUCGCUCGUUAUUUUUAUUUAUUGAUAAACAGAACACAAUUCUCUAAAAUGAUCGUGUUUACAUUUCACAGUUGCCAAGGAUGAGACCUAGUGCAAUCGAAUUUUUAUAUCAUAAACCUACUAUGUUCCAAAUUUCGUGAAAAUCAUUAGAGCCGUUUUCGAGAUCCGUUGAACAUAAAUAACCAGAUAUAAAUAUAUAAAGAUACAGAAAUUGCUCGCUUAAUAUAAUAGGAAUAUCGGGGGACCGAGCUCUGCACUGGAGUGUAAAAGCAUAGAAAAUUUGUAACGAAAGAUUUAAUUUAUAGUUUAUAUUUAUUUAUUCAUUUUUACAGUUAUAUGGGGAGGCACAACAGGCUAAUGCCCAAAAUUGUCCCUUUUCAAAUUUAUACUACAGUCCAAAUCAAAAUCUAGGUUAAGCUACUAUCACUCAUCAAAAUAACAAUUUAUUCACACUUCAAAAAACAAACACAUCAUCAAUUAAAAAUAAUCAAAUCCGCACCACUACCUGUUUGAUUGACGAAGGGAGCACAGCUCCCGAAAAUUUUCGUUUGAAAUGUAAGUUUUUAAGGCUAUGUACACAUUGUAGCGUCGCACCGCGCGGUUUGAGACGCGCGUCCGACCGCGCGGUGCGAUAUACAAUGGAGAUAAUGGCAGCGUCCACAUGCACCACUCACUCAAAUCUGGACGCGCCGCGCACUGCGCCGCCCAGACUUUCAACCUGAACCGCGCGGCGACAGCGCAGUUCCCAGUACACUACAGUCAGUUGGACUGUACACAUGAGAGCAGUCGGACGCGAGAUUUGAUCUAGUUCACUUGUUUUGUGUAGUGAUUUUACAGCAACUCUGUUCAGUGUGCAGCCAUGGAAAUGAACAAUUUUGACACAGAAUUGUUUAUAGAAGAAGUAAAAAGUCGACAUGUUAUAUGGGAUAUGGCGAGUCCUGAUUACAAGAACAGAACAAGAACUUAAUGCCAAGUCGUCUUUUACGAUCUCCAACAACUCGUCAAAAGAUGAAAUCGACAUUCGCAAAUAGUUAAAAAAUUUGGGUUCGUAUGUCCUCAAGUUAGGGUAAAGUGUCACAAAAGCACCAUGCGUUAAUCUAUCGGUCAAAAUAGGAUGAACCCAAAAGUUUCUUUGCCUUCUUUUUCUCGCUUUAUAUCUACGAUACACAAGCCACAUACAUGUUACCUCUUCAACUUCCAUUGCUAAACUGGAGGUGGACGCCGCGUAUACAACGCUCGCAUGUGUACAACUGCAGAAUUUUGGACGCGCGUCGCACCGCGCUUCUACCAUGUGUACUUAGCUUAAGUGUUUUUAAUCUAUCUGUGUCGUGUGUAUCCUGUUUCAAUUUAUAUUAUAAAACUAUAUAUAAAUAUAUAUACUAUGAAUUCGAUUUAGAAUGAUAUACUAUGU